AUGAACACCCUCGACGCGAUGGUUGAAUUUGGGCACGAGCAAGUAGCGAUGUACAGCGACCCGGAAACCGGAUUGCGGGGAAUCAUCGCCAUCCACGACACCACAUUGGGCCCGUCUUGCGGAGGCACCCGCAUGUGGCCUUACGAGAGCGAAGCGGAAGCCCUGGCCGACGCACUCCGGCUGUCGCAAGCCAUGACCUACAAGUCAGCCGCGGCGGGACUCAAUCUGGGCGGCGGCAAGGGCGUAAUCAUCGGCGAUUCCCGCACCCAGAAAACCGAAGCGCUGUUGCGGUCCUGGGGUCGUUUUGUGGAUACGCUGGGCGGUCGCUAUCUAACCACCACCGACGUAGGAACGGUCGGGCGCGAUCUCGAAACCAUCCGCCAGGAAACUCAACACGUGGUUGGACUGGAUGUAACGCUGGGCGGCAGCGGGGAUACGUCCAUAAUGACCGGACUCGGCAUCUACAUGGGGAUGAAAGCCUGCGCCUCCGAAGCUUGGGGCGCCGACUCCCUCCGCGGGCGCACCGUCGCCAUGCAGGGCUUUGGCAAGGUUGCAUCGCACACGGCAGAACACCUGCUGGAAGAAGACGCCAGGGUUUUCGCCGCCGACAUCAGUGAGGGGGCGUUGGAUAGGGCGCGCAGCAUGGGCGUACAGGUCGUGGGCGUUGACGAAAUACCCGGCAUGGAAUGCGACAUUUUCGCCCCGUGCGCCCUUGGCGGCGUUAUCAACCACAAGACCAUCAAACAACUGCGUUGCCAAAUCGUGGCGGGCGGCGCUAACAACCAGCUGGCAACCCCGGAAGACGGGGAAACCCUGCAUCACCGGGGCAUCAUUUACGCUCCGGACUUUCUGAUUAAUGCCGGAGGCGUCAUCAACGCCGCCGCGGAGAUUGGACAGACCUACAAUCCGGAACGGGCGCGCCAGCAAACGGAACGCAUCUACGAGAAGAUGGCCGAGGUACUGGCCACAUCGCGCAAAAAUGAGAUGUCCACCGCCAAAGCCGCCAAUAUGCUCGCAGAAGCCCGGCUGGCCUCAGUACGCAAGGUGCGCGGUAUCUACCGCAAGUAA